GAUACAUCUAAAGAAAAUCAUCCAGUUCUGAUAUUUUUCUAUGUGAUAAAGAUUUGCAUGCCAUCGCACACGUACAUUAUAAAUGUCAGUCAACAGCGCCACCUUGAGUCUGUUUGAUGACACAGCACAUAAAAUAAAAUCAAAAGCUUGUACUGUGAACACCAAACCAUCUAGUUGCCUCGCUUAUCAUUUCUGUGAUCUGUUAAGUUCAGAGUGUAACGUUCCCAGAUGGACUUUGCACAUUAUUCAAAUCCUGAGAUGCUGCUUUGUGUCCAGCAUAUUUAUAAAUGAGGUUAAACUUUAACUAAGUCUAUUUUGUGGAGAAAAAAAGGUAGAUAUUCAGCUAGAUUGUGAGAAUAUUUGUAGUUUUUUGAGAGUUCAUCUGUGGCGCGGUAGGAACUCCAGUCAGUCUGACAAACGAGCAGGGCAAAUAUAUCAGCAGAUAUAUGAACAGACGAGUGACAAAUUAAAUCAGAAACCUGCAGAUCACUUCAAAAUGUUUUCCUUUUUGCUGUGUUGAAACAUUUUCUGCCCUGAUGGGAGCGGUCUCUUCUGGGACACGAGUGGUCACUGAGCGGUGUGACGAGUAUGAAAAUGAUAUGAAUCACAUGCCGUGGCCUUUUUUUUUUUUUUGCAGUCACCAGAUCUCAGCUUAAUUAAAUACAUGUGGGAGAUCUUGGGCCAACAUGUCAGACAGUUCACUCCAUCAGCAUCAUUAACACACUUCUGGAAGACCAGUUGCUGUUCUGGCAGCAUGUGAUGGCCCAAUACCUUACUGAGGGAGUUUUGUCUCAGCCGCCUGUAGCUCUCUAAGUGUACGUCAGCCAAUAAGUACAAUAUCAAAAUACUUUUUUAUUAAAUACAUUAUAAUAACAGGAAAUUGCAGUACAGAAAUGACAAAAGAUCAUUUAGAGAAAAGUAUGUAAAACAACCUUUAUCAGGGUGUUUUUUAACUCUUAAAUAUCAGAAUUGAUAAUUACCCAAUAUAAAAAAUCCAGGAUUUGAACUCCGUCAAGAGUUAAAUUGGAUGUAUUUGGGGUGACAAAGCUCCGCCUGGCUUUGCACAUUUGUAUAUAACGUGAUCCGGGUUGUAGCGAAUGAAGGUUUUCAUCAUCACUAAUUAUUUUCAGGAUUGAUUUAUUAAGUCUGAAUGUCAAUAAUAUAGAGAAGCAGCAAGUUUAAAGCGUAAACUAGAGAAUUUUUGCACUACUAAAAUAAUUCACCGAAUAUCAAAAUAAAUCUUGUGUUGAAUGACUAUUUGGUUAUGAUUGAUUUAAUCUCCAGGGCUCCACUGACCACACGCUCUGUUGAAAAGAGCCAAGCUUGAAAAAAAGGAAUAUUUUUAGUGUGUAUUUUAAAUAACAAUACAUUUUAUUGUGUAUUUACCCUUUAAAGCAGUGAGACUCUGUUUCUAAGUUGUAUUGCAGCGCGUGCACAGUUAAUCAGGCUUUAUUUGUUUCUGAUCCGUUUAUUAACUUUUUCACCGGUUGCUGUUGAGAAAGUUGCCGUCCCAUUGUGCUGAUGUGAAUCCUGACUCAUUUUUGCCAUUCUUCUUCUCUCCACAUCUCUCUCUCGCACUUGCAUAAUUAAUUGCUGGGUCAUUCUCUGCCCCCCCCACCGCCUCUCUCCCUCUCUCUCCCUCUCUCUCCUUCAUAAUUAAUUGGUGGGUUUGAUUUAGUGGUCUGUGCAGGAUUUUUGAGGCAAAGCUUCUUUGUGCAGUCACUUUUGUAAAUAGAAAACAAUCAGCGUAGGCUGGGGGCAUAAAUCAAAUCUAGAUAAUGCCUAUAAAAGCUGAUGGGAGAGUAACAGAAUAGCGUCGCGGCUUCAUGCAGAACUGCUGGGCUGUGUUUAUUCGUCUGGUCGUAUCAAUGCAGUCGUGUCCUCUCUGGAUGUGUGAAUGUUUUACUGUAGAGCAGCAAUGUUUAAUCGAUUAGUCGUCAGCUAAUUUGACGAUUGAUUGCGUUUGAACAUUUUUUAAGAAAAAGAAGCCAGAAUUCUCUGAUGUCGUUCUUAAAUGUGAUUAUUUUCUGGUUGCCUUUAGUUCUCUCUGACAGCACACUAAUUCACUGUGGGUUGAGGCUAAAACAAGACAUCUGAGGACGUCAUCUAGAUCUUUGAGAAACAUCGAUUGACCCUUUAUUUAUAGCAACUAAUUGAUUAAUCGAGAAAGCAGUCGAUAGGUUAAUGGACAACUGCAAUAACAGUAUGUUGUAGACUUCUAAUACUGAUUUUUAUAAAGGGAAAAAAAAACUAGCAGAGUUUAAGUUUCUGAAUGUCAACUGUGAUCAUCAGAGAUUGUUCUUAUAGACGAUCAAUAUGUGUGUUUGUCUGAUAGAGCUGAAUUUCUCAAGCAACAAUAUUCUCCAGUUCCAGCUUCUCAAAUGUGAUGAUAUGCUGUCUUUUCUUGUUUUACAUUAAAGUUAACUGAAUAUCUUUCAGUUUAGGGUUUAGGACUAUUGGUCAGACCAAACAAGCAAUUUUAAGGAUGUCAUCUUGAGCUCUGGGCGCAUUUUUUCACUAUUUUCUGACACCAAACGAGGAAUCAGCUAUUUUUAAGGGGGGAAAAGAAGUGGAAAUCUCUGAUUCCAGCUGCGUAAAAGUAAAUAUUAUCUGGUUCCUUUUCUCCUCUAUGACCGUAAGCUGAAUGUCUUUGGGUCGUCAAUAAAAAAAUGUAAAACGUCACCCUCUGGCUUUGAUCAACAUUUUUCACCAUUUCUGAAGUUUUAAAGACCGUACAACUAAUGAUUAAUCAACAAAAUAAUAAGUCAGAUAGUUUCUGACUGUUUGAUCUACUCACAUUUUGUGUACUAUCGGUGUGUCUACAGUAUCUUUUUUUUUUUUUUUUUAACAAGCAAAACUGUCAAAUACUCUCUGGUUCCAGCUUUUCAAAUAUGAGGAUUUCCUGCUUUAACUUGUGUUACGUUAUAGUAAACUGAAUAUCUUUGGGUUGUGGGACAAAUCAAGACACUUUAGAACGUCAUCUUGUGCUUUCACUGAUUUUCAGUGAUUUUUUCAGCUAGUUUUGUAAUCGGGAAAACAACAACAGGUUGAUCAGCAGUGAAAACGUUGUUGGUCGCAGCACUAUCACACUGAUUUAAAAGUCAGCAAGACUAAAAGUCAGCUCAGGUUUAGUCAAAUGUUCUCUCGUUCCAGCUUCUUAAAUGUGACUUUCUGCCUUCGCUUGUCUUAAAUUAUUGAUCACUGAGUAUCUUUGUGUUUGGGACUGUUGGUCAGACAAAACAAGAAACGUUAAGACGUCAUCUUCUUCAUGUUUUGACACCAGAGGAGGAACCACUCUGAAGAUAAGGUGGCAGAUAAGGAUAAGCAAUAAGGGGGGAGCGUGAUUCCUGUUUUAGGUCUUAAAAUGGACUGCAUGUCCUUGGAUGACUGUAAAAGGACAUGGGAGGAAAAAAGGUCUGCAGAGAGACGGAGGGGAGAGCGGGGAAAGAGAGAAGAAGGGGAAGGAGACGGGUGAAAGCAAGACGAGGCCCAGCCCAUCUUUCCAUUGAUCUUGAGGCGAUCAAGGGAAUCUACACCGAGGAGGACCCGCUGAGACGGAUUCAAGGAUGAAUCCUGGCAGAUCAGACCUGGAAUUUUGACUCAACAUCUCUCCCGAUGCUGAAUUUGGAUCCGACUGACCGACCAGACGAUGGAAAACUGAUCUGACGGAGGAAACACUUUUGUGCAACUUCUCCCACAAACUGGAUCUGGAUUAUUUAUCGAUGGAAAACUGCAUUCAUGCGGGAUCAGGUUUACAACUGGGAAUUGUCAUGCGAACAAUACUCCACGUUGGUUAAACAUAUUAGAAAACUUGAGAAAAGGUUUUCUUCAGCGGUGGCAUCAUGAACUCUCAGCCGGAUACCCCACUGGCUCGUCCGGCCAAAGCAAGACGACAUGCAGACGGAUUUAUUUUUGCCCAGCAGCUCGUAGCGUUCCUCAAAAUGGAGUAAGGAUUUUUAUUUGUUUUUUAAUUUUUCCCCUCUUCAACUUGUGGACAAACAACAGAUCCAAACAAAGGUCACCCACCAGCGACUGAACCUGGAGCCUCUGAGGGCCACAUAAAUGCACCUUUAGCGUUUGACGGCAGGUUGGACGCCCAGUUUCCAUCACCUGAACACUGAGGUGUGGACAGAGCAGGAGCGAGGCGGUUGGCUGGCUGAGUCAGCUCCGAUGGGGGCCGGUUGUGACCCGGUCUGACCCCGGUUUGACCUUGCAGUGACCUUUGACCUCUCCGGUCCUGGCUCUCCACCUGCUCUGCUGCCUGGGUUCCGGAACGCUCCGCCCUGGGGCCCAGAACGAGCCAAUCAGAAUGAAGAAGAGCCGCAGCGUGCUGUCUGUGACUGGAGAAGAGGGCAAUGACACAGAUAUAACAGGUGCUGGGGAGAAGGCGGAGUCAUCUCGCUACAGCCGAUCUUACACGUCCGGGGCCACGCUGGGGGCCGAGCUACGCAGAGGGAGGAGCAGAAGACUCUCGUCUAGUCUCCAGGUGCCCUGCUGGCUUCGCCCUCGGGACCGCACUCGAUCACCAGAGGUCCUGAACAAUGUGUCGCGUCCAACAACUCUUCCCCUCCGCAUCCCACCGCGCAUCUCCAUCACACAGGCAGACACCGACAGUUAUGAAGCAGAAAAUGGCGUGUCACCGGGUCACACCCCACUGGGUUCGCAGAGUCCUGGCCUCACCCUGCACACCUCCUUCCCCCAGGGCCAGAGAAGAGAGUCCUUCCUCUACCGCUCUGACUCGGACUACGACAUGUCGCCCAAGACGGUUUCACGCAACUCCUCCCUCGCCAGUGAAGGGCACACAGGAGAGGACUUCAUUGUCACACCUUUCGCUCAAGUACUGGCCAGUCUACGAUCAGUACGGAGCAACUUCACCAUCCUUGCCAACGUCUCAACCCCAACAGUCAAGCGGUCUCCUCUGGGUGGAGUGUGCGUCAGUCCCAGGGCCACACUGUCAGACCAGCAGUACCAGCAGCUCGCACUGGACACACUGGAGGAGCUGGACUGGUGCUUGGACCAGCUGGAGACCAUCCAGACACACCGCUCCGUCAGCGAAAUGGCCUCCAACAAGUUUAAGAGGAUGCUGAACAGAGAGCUGUCCCACCUGUCAGAGAUGAGUCGCUCUGGUAACCAGGUGUCUGAAUACAUCUCCAGCACCUUCAUGGACAAGCAGAACGAUGUGGAAAUCCCGUCUCCUACUCUGAAAGACAAACCUAUGAGUCACAUCAGUGGAGUGAGGAAACUGUCUCACAGCUCCAGCCUCUCCAGCACUUCAAUGCCUCGCUUCGGUGUCAACACAGACCACGAGGACGAGCUCGCCAAGGAGCUGGAGGACCUGGACAAGUGGGGUUUUAACAUAUUCAGAGUCGCAGAAUUCUCCAACAACAGACCUCUCAGCUGCAUCAUGUACACCAUCUUCCAGGAGCGAGAGCUGUUGAAGACAUUUCGUAUCCCAGUCGACACCUUUGUCACUUACGUGAUGACCCUGGAGGACCAUUACCAUGGAAACGUAGCGUACCACAACAGCCUCCAUGCUGCAGAUGUCACCCAGUCCACACAUGUCCUCCUCUCCACACCUGCUCUGGAUGCCGUCUUCACCGACCUGGAGAUCCUCGCCGCUCUGUUCGCUGCAGCUAUCCAUGAUGUCGACCACCCCGGAGUUUCCAAUCAGUUCCUCAUCAACACCAACUCGGAGCUGGCCCUCAUGUAUAACGAUGAGUCAGUGUUGGAGAACCACCACCUCGCUGUCGGCUUCAAGCUGCUGCACCAAGAAAACUGUGACAUCUUUCAGAAUCUCACCAAGCGACAGCGCCAGAGCCUUCGCAAGCUCGUCAUCGAUAUGGUUUUGGCCACAGACAUGUCCAAACACAUGACCCUCCUGGCUGAUUUGAAGACCAUGGUGGAGACCAAGAAGGUGACCAGCUCUGGUGUGCUGCUCCUGGACCACUACACAGAACGGAUACAGGUGCUGAGGAACAUGGUGCACUGCGCAGACCUGAGCAACCCCACCAAGACAUUGCCGUUAUACCAGCAGUGGACGGAGAGGAUCAUGGAGGAGUUCUUUCGACAGGGUGACAAAGAGCGAGAGAGGGGGAUGGAGAUCAGCGCCAUGUGUGACAAACACACUGCGUCAGUGGAGAAGAGUCAGGUGGGUUUCAUCGACUACAUCGUCCACCCGCUGUGGGAGACGUGGGCCGACCUCGUUCAUCCAGACGCUCAGGAGCUUCUGGACACGCUGGAGGAGAACAGGGAGUGGUAUCUGAACACCAUGCCCCAGUCUCCCUCACCUCCCCCGGACAGACACCUACAACACGACCGCUUCCAGUUCGAACUCACCCUGGAGGACCUGGAGCACAACAAUCACAACCACAUCAACCUGAGGAACAGCGGCCAGAAAGCCAUCUGCGACAACGGUGCCAAAGACCAGGAUGACCAGGCGGAGCUGAAAGGUGACGAAGAGAACCACGUGGAAACCGAGAACGAGGACGAGGAGAAUCACAAUAGCGAACACAACGGAGUCCAAGAGGAAGAGGAGGAGGAGACUGGAGAAGAAGAGGAAGAGGUGAAGGAGAACGCAGAGGAGGGGGAGGAACAUGGAGAGGAUCAAGUAGAAGAAGAAGAGGGAGGGCAGACAGAUGAAAUAGAAGAGGAAGCGAACGAUGCAGCGGAGGAUGAAGAGGCCAAAGAAGAUGAGGAGGGAGACCAAGAGCAGGUGGAGGGUGACGAGGAAGGGGAAGCUGAGGAACCUGUGGAAGGGGAAGAGGUGGAAGUGGAAGGGGAGAUGGAAAAUGAGGAGGCGGAUGCGGAGGAAAAUGUGGAAAGAGAGGAGGAAGAGACAGAAGAGAGAGAAGACGAGGAGGCAGCAGAGAUGGAGGAAAAUGUAGAACAAGAAGAGGAUGGCGAGACAGAGGAGAAAGCGGAGGAGGAAGAGGAGGGAGAAACGGAAAAUGCUGGAGAGGAAGAGGAAGCAGAAGAGGAGGAAGAGGCGCCUGUUGAGGAUGUAGAUGAAGUAGAAGAAGUGAACGAGGAAGAAGAGAGUUAGUUGGGUGUAAAAACGUGGAUUAAAAGGGUCAGCGAGGAAAGGUUAAGGCCUCAACAGUUUGCAGGACGACCGUCACUGAAGGGAAUAAAAAGCCGAAAGACGCCUUCCUUGAUCAUGUGACCCUCUCAGCUGAAGGCCAAGUGAACGCUCGACUACAGACGUCUUAAACAAACUUUACAGCUCACAGAGAAACACUGAAGACUGACAGUACAGCAUCGGACACAAACCUGGCCCCAACGCCUUCCCGAACAGCCAGAUUGUUGCAACGUCUCGAUCAACUGGUAGUGAUAGAAAGACCGGAGUCUUCACCACCGAGUAUCUGUACAUCCAUCACUGCCGUAGGGGAAUAAACUGGGGAAUAAUAAAACGGGGGAGGGGUAACCUGUUUUAUCGACCUUUUGUAGCUCCUGAGAAUCUUAAAAAAAAACAACAACAACCUGUACAUGCAAAUAAGUGCUACCCAUCAUCUCUCUGUCACUGUCUCGUUCAUGAGGAAGAUACCAUCCCUCGCCCCGACCACUAACUGUCAAAAGAAUGUCAACUUCCUCUGUCAGAAAAGAGAAAAAAAAAAAGUGGAAAGUGUAAGUCUGUCGUCUUAUAUUUACUACAACAACUUUCCACGUGUGAACAGGAUGCUGAGAACGACCUUUGGGCUCUGGUCUAGAACAGUUUAACCUCCUCACAUACUAACCUUAAAGCAACAAUGCUGGAUUUCUGAAUAACAAUAAUAAUAAUAAUAAUAAUAAUAAUAUCUGGUGGUGCAGUCCAGCUUGAAAUAAAGGCUGACCUGUCGUACGUGUCGAUGUCAGUUCAUGUUUGAAAAAAUAAAUAAAUACAAAUAAAUAUAAACACCCAGUAUUCAUCCCAUCACGACAGUUUCACAUCUACCCCAGACUGUGAGUUUGAUUCCCGGGUGAAUCGUGCCAAACUGUCCCACGACCAGCACUGAGCAAUUCAGCCUUCCUCCAGACGUGUUGGGCUACUCGUCCGUGAAGCAAUGAACUGUGGGACCAGGGUAACGGGUGUGAUGGUCUUCCACUAAUCCCAUUUUUUUGUUUUGUUUUUGUAAAAAAAAAAACUGUAUUUGGCACUUUAUCUAACACCCCUGUUACAUAUAUGUACAUAAUAAACAUGUAUUUUAAUCUGCUGAUGUCAUAUAAUAAAUCUGAUCAAUGAAGUUGA